CAACAUUGAAAUUAUAAUGUUAUAUUAUAAUAUAUACCUCGAUAAUAAUUAUAGGAGUCUCUUCCUGUUUCAAGUAGAAAGAAAUGAGGAACCAGUCGUGAAGAGAACAUUUAGGAUAUAAAGCCACAAACAAAAAGGCCAGGAUGGUCACGAAAUCGAAUCACAUUCUCUCAUGUGUUCGAUAAGAAAACUUAUAUCUUGUGAAAGAAUAAGUAAGAACGAUAUAUUCCUCCUUACAGAUACAAAACGAUGAAUUGUCUGAAUGUUCCUACUAUAAAAAUAUGAAGACCAUAUCAAGACCAUAAGAAUAUUGGAAGGUGUAACAUAGGUCAUCAAUUUUUCACAUCGCACAUAUGGAUCCAUUUAUCCACUUAGUUCAUACAAAUUAUUACGUGGUUAGAUAUUGCUAUUACAUCAUAAUAAAAUUAUGUUAAAUUGUUCCUGCAAUUUUCUUAUUAAGAAAGAAAAACGAAGAUAGAAAAAGCUGUUAUCGUUAGACAAAAUAUUCCUUUCCAUUUUCCAUAUAAAUUAAUCUAUAUAUCUUUGUAAAAGCAAGUAGUUACGUAAAAGCAAUUAUAUAAAAAGAUAAAAGAAUUAUUCAAUACUAUUAUUAUAGUAUUGAAAAACAUACACGUUUUACAUUUAGACAGUUUGACCAUGGCAGUUUCUCGUGAACAUGAAUACUGAUGAUAUAAUUCUUGAGAAUUGACUAAUAUAUGAAUAGAUCAUUGUUCAUAUAAAAAUAAUUACAUUUAAUUCUUUUCAAUUAUCCUGUGAUAAAUUAUUAUUAUUAUUAUUAUUUAGAAGAUCAUGAACAAACAAGCAAUAGAGGAUCAAUACCUGAGAAUCAACAAAUUUUUUGGACAGCUAGUUGGUGUAUGGCCUUAUCAGGAAAGAUUCACCAAAUUUUGCAUACGAUUAACUAUAUUUGCCAUAAUAAUCCUUACUCUUACAACGCAGUAUAAUUAUAUUUUAAACGAGGAUAAGCUCAGAGACCUUCUAAAUGACAUCAUAUUUGAUCGGCUGAUGGUACGAUCGAAGAAAGAGUUAGAAAUUUUGAACAUGUAUUCAAGAAGGGCUACAACACUCUGCAUUUUUUAUGAAGUUAUAGUAAUUUUCAGCGCGAUCAUGUUCAUCAUGAUACCGACUAUUCCACCUAUUUUGAACAUCAUCAUGCCUUUGAACGAAUCACGAGACCGUGAAUUUAUCUAUCCAACCUAUUUUUUCAUUGACGAGGAAAAAUAUUACUAUCCCAUACUAACGUAUAUGGCGACAGUAAUAUUGAUAGUGUCUUCAGUGUAUUUAGCCUGUGAUACGAAUUUGGUACAAAUUGUACAUCAUGGAUGCGCCUUGUUAGCAAUAAGCGGGUAUCAUUUCAAGCAUGCAGUGGAUGACAUGAAGUUUUCCAAUGGAAAUUAUAUUGACCUCCUAAUGGAUGAAACUUAUAAAAAGGUUAAACAAUCCAUCAAAGCUCACAAAACAGCCGUUGAAUAUGUGGACAAAAUCGACGCCUGCCAUAUAUAUUACUUCUUACUUAUCAUAGGAAUGAUAGUAUUAGCUUUCACUGGUACUUUUCUAAAGUUGUCGACCAUGGAAAUAGAGAUAAGAUUCUUCACGUUCUGCGGAUACACUGUUGCUCAACUAACUCAUCUGUUUUUCUUAACGAUUAUGGGACAGUUUCUUAUAAAUGCCAACGAUGAAAUUUUUAAUACAAUAUAUGAAGCACAUUGGUACAAUGGUUCAUCAAGAACGCAAUCAUUAUACGUAUUGGUACUUCGAAAAUGUUUGAAUCCGCCAACAUUGACAGGAGGAGGCUUAAUUGUUUUGAAUUUAGACAGUUUUGUACAGAUCUUAAAAUUAUCAUUUUCAUAUUAUACUGUAUUUAGAUCCUAAUAAAUUGAUGAUUAAUAGAUUAACUAUAUAAUAUAUAAAGUAGAAAAUUCAAUUAUGUACAUGUAAUUGUCGGUAUUUAUAUUUAUAUAAUAGCAUAUUAAUUAAGUUGUAGAAUUAAUUAGGAUUAGUUAUUUGUUGUUUCAUAAAGUAAAUUCAUGUUAAACAUAAAAUAUAAUAUCUUUUUUUUU